AUGAAGGAUAUGCUUGUGGUCCUUGCUCUCAUGGCACUCAUUGCAAGUGUUGCCUCCAUGCAAAUGGGUGCUUGCACCUGUGGUCAUCAGCAAGACCAUGAGAAGCACCAGCCACAACAACAUCAUCACCACCAGCAACAACACCAUCACCAAGUCCAUAUGCAACAACAACAUCACCAACAACAGUAUGUUCAUGUGCAGCAGCAACCCCAACAACAAAAUCAUGAGCAACCACAACAACAACAUCACCAACAAUAUCAAAUCCAUGAGCAUGAAGUGCCACUGCAACGUCAACACAAGCAGCCAAACCAUCAGUCGAGGCACUACCUUGAGCAGCAACCGCAACAGCAACAACAACAGUUGUGUCAACAGGGUUUUGAGCAACAACCAGGUCAGCAAGAUAAUAAGAAGCAGCAGAUAAAAAGGUGUGGCUACAACACAUAUAUUAGUAACCAAAAUUUAAACAAUUGUCGUGAAUUCCUGAGGCAGCAAUGUAACCCGCUAGCAAUGCCUUUCCUCCAAUCACGUUUGCUACAACCGAGCAACUGUCAGGUGCUACAACAGCAUUGUUGCCAUGAGCUUAGACAAAUCGAACCACGGUACCUCCACCAAGCGAUCUGCAACAUAGUUCAGUCCAUAACCCACCAACAACAACAGCAGGAGAAACAACAACAACAACAACAUUCAUGUGAGUUAUGUGGGUCUCAGCAAGCUUCUGAAGGUGAGUUGGCUAUACGGAUGGUAGCACAACACCUACCAUCAAUGUGCGGCAUUUACCACUCAUGGAGCCAAGACAGUACAUGCGGCAACAAGGAUGCUCGUGGUGUUCGCAACUAA